AUGGAUUGUGGAUGCAACGAUGGCCAACGUCCUUAUUUCCAUAAUGUCUCAAACCUAAAAAAGAAAAGUGAACACAUGAAUCGGCAGGAAGUCUAUCAGGAUUUAUCCAACUGUUUAUUUCAAGACGAUCACAGAAGUCACAAAAUAUCGCAAAGUGAUCCCCGACAAUCACAAAAUGCUUCUAGAUGUACUUCGGAAAAUUUUUUCAGAAAUGCACCGCAAACUCGCCGCGGACGUCAAUCUAGAUAUUUUCCCCCAGAAGAACCUGGUUAUCGUCCCGGAAUUUUUACUAAAGAAAAAAAGCGACAUCCCGAAAAUUUUACUAAAGGAGAACAUGGAGUUUUUUUUAAAAAAUCUCCUGAAGAAGCACAUGCAGCUGCAUAUAAAAGAGAACCUAUAGAAGCAUGCGGCUGUUUGCCAGGAAACAUUCCUAAGAAAGCACGUAGGCGAUUACCAGAAAGUUUACCGAGAGAAGAACAUCAUUCUUUACAUAAAAAACACUAUGCUCCCAAUAAGGGUUUUACUAAAAAUGAACACGACUAUACUUUUGAAUGUUUUGAAAAAGAAGCACCUAAAUUUUUGCACAAAAAAUUCUCUAAGAAUGAACAAGGGUAUCCGUAUAGAAAUUUUCAAAAUCAAGACCUUGGGUAUUCAUACGGAGAACAUGGUCAUUCAAACGAGGGACAUCAGAAACAAGGACUUGAAUGUUUACAGGUAGGGUAUCAGCGCAAACAAUGGGAUUGCUCCCACGGUUAUCCAUAUGAAAGAUAUCAGAAUAAAGAGCAUGAUAGUUCAUGUGGAAGCUAUCAAAAAAAAGGGCAUGGGUAUCCGUAUGGAGAAUAUCAAAGAGAACAUGAAUUUUCACAAGCAGGGUAUCUAAAGAAUAAAAAUGUUUAUUUAAAUAACUGGAAUCUAAAGGAAGAACGUGGUUGUUUACACGGAGUGCAUCAAAAUAAAAAAUAUCAAUAUCCAAAUACAGGUAAGUAUGAAUGUUUACUUGGAGGUUUUCAGAACAAACCACUUGGAUAUUCAAAUAAAAGUUUCCCUAGAGAGGCACACAAUUUUCCUAAAAAGCCACAAGGCUUUCCUACCUCUACAUACGGAUCCUCACAUCAACACUGUCCUGUAUUUCAACAAAACGUACAUGAAAGUCAUACAAAUUCACAUUAUUCCUAUAAACGUCCAAUAAAAACAUUUUCUAAAAACACACGUGCACAUUUGCAUGGAGGUCGACGUGGUCAUAAUGCAUAUUUAGGACGCUUGCAAGCACAAUUCAACAAAUCAUAUGAAUACUAUUAUGACGAUAAACAUAAAUGUAUGGCUAAUUUCUCUGGUUCAUCUAGUGACAUUUUAUCUAACGGCCAAUUUAGAACUCAAAAUAAUAUGGGUAAAUACCAACAUCGAGGUUUUGAAGACUUGCCCAGUAAAAGUUCUAUAUAUACAAACAAUGAAGAUAGUCAUGACACGUUUAAAUGUAACCAUGAAAAUGACUCAGACUCUUUUAAACCUUUGCACCAGGUUAUGAGAAGGCAAAACGGUUUGCGCCAGCGUGGAAAUAAUUAUGACGAUUCAUUUGACGCAAAUGAUGAAUAUCGUGUCUCCCUUACAAAAAUUCGACGAAAUUUAGACGAUUCCAAACUGUUUAAAAAAGCUUUCCAUAAAGUUAGUUUAGCUGAUAAACCUUUGUGUUCAUCGCAACCUCAAUCCAAUAUCCAUAGACAUGAAUACGGCAGCUCGGAAUACCCAAACAGUUUUCCAGUCGCAUAUCAUAACAAUUAUCGUUCUGUACCAAAUUCUCAUUUAGAUCAACAUCCAAGAGCUAUUGUUGACUAUAAUAAUUUACAUCAGCCAACAAGCAGCAUAUCUUUGGUGAAUUGUACCAAUCAAACAUUUGGCCAGCAAUCAUCGUACCCACCGCUUUCUUCAGCAAAAUACCCAACAAGUUUACCAGCUUUACCAGUCGUUCAGACACAUUGUUGCAAUCCUCAAGCUAACGAAGUAUUUCGCCAAUCACACCAAGCACCAUCCUCACGAACGUCAUCAAACUCACGCUUACCAUUACAGCACUUCCUCAGAAACCUCGGCAACAUCAGCUUGCUCAGCCAGAACAAAACCAAAAACAAUGUGUCCUACAACCUCAAAUUGCUAACGUACACAAGCAACAAAAGCAACAAUGUCAACAACAACAAUGUUGUUCACAACAGAAUCAACUUUUUCAGCGUCAAAAACAUCAUCAACAACAACUUUGCCAAGGAUGUGAAAAGCGACAAGAAAUUCCACUGCAAAAACAGCAACAGCAAAAAUUACCUGAUCAACUCCAGUCCCAAUGUUGCGCGAGAAAACAAUCGCCCUUCCCAAACUUCCAUCAACAACCACAGCAACAACUACAUUGUCAGCUACACCAGCCACCACACGAACAACCACAACAUCAACCACACCAACAACAACCGCUGCAUCACGCAUAUCGACGGUUUCCUCAACAUUAAAUCCAGCCUACCACAAACUAAUCCUAUUCAAAAAUAUCCGGACCAUUACGAAUCUCAUUUGAACAGUUCACUGCAAUAUUGUCAACACAAUUCAACGCAAAGUUAUCAAGACUUCCAACUGAGCCAUCAACGUCCACAACUUCUUUGUCAGCAGCAUUUCCAACAAAAUCACAAACAAAACCUUUUGCAACACUCAAGUUACAGUGAAGAAAAUUUUUUAAACAAUCGAAAACAAAAUCGAUGCAGACCAAAAUUUCAUAGAAAUAACCACACCGAUCAUUUAUUAAUGAAAAAUUCUAAAGAAAGCAGUACCCAACAUUUGCUAAAGCAGCACAUGAGGUCAGUGGCGCCAACUAAUUGGUCGAACUCGGCAUUCAUCGGAGACGGGGGCAGCCACAAAAAGAAGCCUCAUGCGGUUAUGUCGGACAUCCAACCGCUGUGCAGCAACGUGCGUGACGGGCCUUCGAAGCAAGGAAUCUAUCAAAAUUGUGAUGAGACGGGACCGUCUUUUUUCCCACACGCACCUAUGGUGCCAGUUUGCUUGGUGGCUCCCUGCUGUUUCACCCACCACCUCACUAAUGAGAAAUCAGGACGAUCCUGGAAGAAAAAAAUGCAAGGAUCUCACAGAGAAAGUACAACAACACUAACAUCGUCGUCGUCGUCAACACUCUGCGAUCCUGGUUUUGUACAUCCAAAUUACACCUAA